AUGAAGGCUCUUCUUUUCCUCCUCCUGGUUGUCCCGGAAAUCUUGGUCAUUGCAUCAUCCCCUACGACGACGAAGAAACCUUAUGACCCCCCGGCCGCAACGUGUACUUCAACCAGCCGCAGAAGUCGAAAACCGAAUGCUUCUUCUUGGAAUGGCUUGUUUGGCUGGCACCCUUUACCAUGGCUUAGCGAUAGCGGAAAGGAAGACCCCCCGUGCAUGCAGGGGUUUUGUGUUCAUAAAAAGGUCUGCCCUAUCACUAGAACUUGGAGGGCUCCCAAGGAGGGAUAUUUUUAUACCGAGAGGGAAAAAGCAGGGCUGGAAGGGCCAAAUGAAAGACUUCCAAGGCCUGAGGAAGAACCCGAGAGCAAAGAUGAGGAGAAAGAUGGGAAGGAGGAUGAGGAGAAGGAUGAGGAGAAGGACGAGAAGAAGGACGAGAAGAAAGAUGGGGAUAAGGAUAGGGAUGAGGAUAAGGAUGAGAAGAAGGAUGAAGAAAAGGACGAAGAAAAGGACGAGGAUGAGCCUGAAGAGAAGGGAGACAACGAGGAGAAGGAUGAGGAAAAGGAUGAGGAAAAGGAUGAGGAGAAGGACGAGGAUGAGCCUGAAGAGAAGGGAGACGAUGUGGAGAACAAGGAUUAA